GGCCAGGUUGGACGGGGCUUGGAGCAACCUGGGAUAGUGGAAGGUGUCCCUGCCCAUGGCAGGGGGUGGCACUGGCUCAUCCUUAAGGCCCCUGCCAAGCCAAUCCAUUCCAUGAUUCUACAGACUUAUGGCUCUGUGACAGAGUCAUUAGGUGACAGCAUCACCUGAACUCUGGUUUGCUGAGAGCUCUGAUGCCAAGCACCGCCACAGUGACACGAGCACUGCUACAGUGACAUGGGCAGCACCACUGUGACACAAGAACCGCCACACCAACACCUCAGGUUUGUGUCCCAGGCGACUGCAGCCAGUCCUGCCUGGCCAUGGACCUGGUGAUGCGUCUCGUGCGCGCUCUGCUGCUGCUGGCCCUGCUGCUGGCAGUGGCCCCCUCCCCAGGAGUGUCCAAGGAGUUCUGCCCACAGCCCUGCCGCUGCGCAGGGCGUGGGCUGCUGGACUGCCGCCACGCCGGCCUGGCCACCGUGCCCCCGGCCAGCCGCCGCCGGGCCCUCGCCGUGCUAGAUUUCACUGGCAACUCCAUUGCUGAGAUUGGAAAACGAGCCUGGAAGAACUACCCGUGGGCUGAGACCUUAGUGCUCAGGGACAAUGAGCUGCGGGCAGUGAAGAGCCAUUCCCUGCAGGGGCUGUUCCUGCUGAAGCACCUGGAUUUGUCUGGCAAUGAGAUCGUGUCCAUUGAGGAACGUGCUUUCGAGCCACUGCCUUUCCUGAAGCUUCUAAACCUCUCCGGGAAUGGCCUCACGCAGAUCCGCAGCGGCACUUUCCAGGCCUGGCACGGGAUGCAGUUUCUCCAGGAGCUCAUCCUCAGCCAUAACCCGCUGGCUGUCAUUGCUGACGCUGCGUUCUUCAAGCUGCCUGCAGUGAGCUCUCUAGACCUGAGUGCCACCCAAGUGACUCCGCAGACGCUGCUGCUGUUCCUGCAGAGCACAGUGAGCUUGGAAAGCCUCCAAGUGCCCAAGGAUGUGGCCUGCUGCCUGUGCCAGGAGCGUCCCCUCGCCGAGAGCCCGUGCAGGACCAUCCAGUUCCUCUGCGAGAAGCUGUGCAGCACCAGCGCCCCGCAGUGCGCUCACACAGCUCGUCUGCUUCAGACACGGGGAGAAAUAAUGGACACGCAACUGCCCAGAGAGCUGAACACCAGCCCAGUGUUGAGCCUCAAGCCCAAGGAGCCUUCCCUGGGAGAUCAUGGAACCGUAACAUUUGCGGUUGCCCUGACCCUGAGCACUGAGGGUGAUGUCAGCAGCCUGGCCAAUUCCAGAACAAAUUCACAUCCCCCUCAGCACCUCUCAGGGCAUGAAGGCAAAACAAGCGUUGAUGACCUGAGAGCCAAGCUCGAGAAGAAGGUGGACAAGGCUGAAAGCAUCAAGAUUGUUAAAAGCAUUGUCCCACACCAGCCCCAGCCCGCCAGGCUGAAGGAUGUGGAGGAAAAGACACCCUCAAGCUGGCAUCACAAGCAGCAGGACUCCCAUUUGAACUGGCAAGCAUUAAACCCCUGGGAUGGAGCUGGUGGGUUAAACCCCAGUGACGAUGCCUCUAUCGCUGGACACCACAGAGAUGAGCAGCAAGAUCCAGCUCCAAGGCAGAACUUCCUUUGGACUCACAAUCAGCAGCAGGACAGCCAGUAUUCGACUGGACAUAAUCAGCUUUUCUACCAGGUCAUGGGCCCUAUGAAAGCAGUGGGAGAGCCCAAAGUCGACCAGCGUCUAAACAGGAACCUGGAUUUUCUCUCUGACCCGUUGGUUCAGAGCCGCCCCGCUGCGAGCAGCAGGGGAGAGGCCACGGCUGAAGAGGGGCAGUCCUCUCUGGGCGGGCACCUCCUGAUCAUCCCUGACUCCACAGAGACACACUGGAAGCAACCGGAAGAAGGCUCCAGGUUCCUCAAUAAACCUGGGAGCCCCCAAGGCCCAGACCUUGCGCUGGUUCCAGGAGAGCGCUUGGAAACCACGGUCGAUCGUUUCCUGCGCUUGCUGGUGCCGGACAAAGGCCUGCGGACGUUCAUGGCCCAUGUGGAGCAAGCCCUGAGGACAGACUGCAGCCUGCCCCAGCUCCAGCUGGCCUGUGCCAAGAUGGUCUCAAAGACUGGGCUGCUUCUAAAGGUGCUCAGUGAGAGGCAAGAGAACCAGGGAGCCUCUGAACGCAUGGGCCAGUGUCGUCUGCAAGCGAACAUCUCCAGACGCACAGCUUUGGAGGAGGAUCAGGAGCCCACAGGGAAGGUGUGUUCCCAAUGUGCUGCAGUUCUUUGCCGACAGCUACUCAGCAGGAAAUCGUGGCUGAGAAGGUUGUCUGUAAAACUGCAACAGAGAUGGAGGAAGAAGAAGUACAGGGAGGCAGAGCAUGCAGAGCAGGUGAGGGCAGGGAGCAGGUGCCAGUGCUGCUCCUCUGCCUGCACCACCUGCUCUUCCUCACCUUUUCAAAUCCUUCUCUUCCAUGGCAAUUUCCAGGACUUGCCUGAGCUCACCGAAGCUGAUUUGCUGAUCGCUCAGUACAUCAUGGAUGUCCUUGAUAAAGAGGAAGAAGAAUUGCAGAAAGAGAUGCAGAAAGAGAACGCAGAUGUCUCCCAGGAAGAGAUAAAACGUGAAUCAUAAGAGUGAAAGGGAGAAGACUUUCUAGAAGGUGGAGAAGAAAGUAAGAUGCCAACACUUGUACUCCAGCUCCUACUCUGACACAAGAACUGCUAGCGUUUCCUUAAGCUACUUCCAUCCACAAUAACUGCAGGGAAAGAACAUCUGAGGAAAUAGAGGCAAGGAAAGAGUAAAAGAAAUAGCAGUAAUUUGUGGUGAUGCGAGGUUUUUAUUGUAUUUUCAUAUGUUUUCUGUACCCCAGUGGUUCAUCCCUACCUUCCCCACUCCUACUACUGGUUGAUUUGCCCCAGACCCAAGCCGCUCCCCCGGUGCUCCCUAUAUGGUUGUUCUCCUCCCCUUGUUCCGGCUCUCUCCCUAUCAAUCACCCAAACCCCUCCUGUUGUUCCCGAAGGUUCGGUGUCCAUCACCUGAGCCCUCCCUAAUUACCCUUAUAUGGCCCCUGUCAGUCCCCCGAGGUCCUGCCCCCUCAGAUACCUCCCCUCUUGGAAAUCCCCUAAACCUCGACGCCCCAUUGGGGCAUGUGACCCUUCUCCCUCCAUCCACCAAGACCCUUGGACCAGAUGUGAGUCCAUCCCUUCAGCGUCCCUCCCUCCUAAUCCACUUAUUGGUCCCCAGUUGGUGUACUCCCCCUGUUCACCCCCCCAUUGUAAGGCAUGGGCGCGUUGCAGGCGGGGCUCGUCCUCUGUGGAUACUCUCCAAUAAAGUUGGAUUAGCCCCCGGGGCAACCCUCCUCGCUACUUUUUAUCUCUCCCCUCAUCGGGGGCUGCUGGCUGCUACAGUGCCUGGAGCCGGUGCUCCGCAGGGUAGAGCAGAGGCUUCAGAGGAGCAGCUUUAAAGCUCUAAAGCUCCGUGCCUCCGGCUGCUCCCCACUCCUGCCACACACCGCUGGAGCUAGCCUGGGCAGUAGAGAGCAGCGGUCAAUGUGACAGUAAUUAAUAAACAAAUAGUAAAUAAAAUAAUAAAUAAAAUAGCCAAGGGAACAGCCUCCAAGGCAAGAACUAGGAUCCAAGGAAAUAGAUAAGGAAACAGCAUUCAAGGGACUGCCCACGUGGACUGCAGCCUGCCCCAGCUCCAGCUGGCCUGUGCCAAGAUGGUCUCAAAGACUGGGCUGCUUCUAAAGGUGCUCAGUGAGAGGCAAGAGAACCAGGGAGCCUCUGAAUGCAAGGGCCAGUGUCCCCUGCAAGACCUGUCCAGACGCAUGGCCCUGGGGGAGGGCAAGGAAGCCACAGGGAAGGUAGGAGAGCUGCUGGGCACUGCUGUGUGUGUCCUUCUGGGCAAGAGAGAAUGGAAGGAGCAAUCAUCUUGCCACCCAUCAUCUUCUUUCCUUCUCUCCAAACAGAAGCUAGAGGCUGUGGUGUACGUGGUCACGUUUUUGGUCCCGCUGGGUUUCUUCGUCUUUGUUUUGCUGAUUCUGAAGUGCGUCUCCAAUAUGCGCUUCCUGUCUCAUGAAGCUGGUUCCCAACCCCGCCACACCAGGACUCUCUGCCUGAGAAGGUGCGGUGUAAAACUGCCAUGGAAAGGGAAGAAGGAGUGCAAGGAGGCACAGGAUGUAGAGCAGAAAAGGGCACGGAGCUCCUCCCAGUGUCACCCAUCUGCCCAGACUGCCUGCUCAUCCUCACCUUUCAGAGUCCUUCCCUUCCUCAGCACGUUCAAGUGCUUUUCACUGUUCAGAAAACCUGAAUUGGCAUUGGUUCAAUUCAUCCCGGAUUCCUCUGAAGCUGACAGAAAAGCAAUCCAGGAAGAGACAUAAUGUGAAGAACCUGCAUGACUGGAAGAGGUUCAAGAGGUUGAAGAAGUUAAUGGGAUUCCAACAACACUUCGCCUCUUGUUCUACUAUAGGAACUGCUGAGGCUCUCCUUGGAUGCUGUUUGAUUCGCUGUUGUUAUUUCCUUGGACGCUUUUUCCUUGACUGUUAUUUUCCUUCUGUCACUGCUGAGGGAAGGCCAGAGGGUGCUGUGGGUGCUCGGGACACCCAGAGGAGACAUCAGUACCUCAGGGUUCUCCUCAUCCCUUGUGGCAACGUUUCCCCCUGCGUUCAAUAAAAAUUAAGAUUGUUCUUGUUC